AUGGGUUUGAUCUUUGGUGGGUGUGAGACGAGUGAGUUUGAUCUUUGGAUAGGUUGGGCCAGUAAAAUUGGAGUAAUUAGUGUGUUGAGUGAAUCGUGGAUGGGUAUUGGUGUUGGAUAUGUGGGUUUGGUUUUUGGUAUCUUUGGUGUUGG